GGAAGAUUCUCUACGCUGUGCAGGGUCAAUCAACCACAUGGAGGCUCCCAUCCUGGGUUCCAGAUUGGAAUGUCCUGCCUCAGCGAUAUAUCAUCGGGACAGCUCCUUAGCUUGAAAUGAGUUCGUUUUGGACAGACAAGGUGCUCCCAGGUGUUCCCCGCAAACCGCAAAUCAUCUUACGUAGCUCGGAUAAGGGACAGAUACCAGUGCUGCAUGGGCAUGGAUAUUCAUGUGGAAAGAUAUUGAAACUGGGGUCAACAUACAUCGCGGGUCAAACACCAUUCCCCGCUAAGGAGUGGUAUAAUCUCGUUAACAAGAUUGAUCUAUCAACACGAGUCGACAAGUCUGGAUCUGGUUCACCCGACCCGAAGUUUCCUCAUCGAUCAGAAUCCUUCGUCAAGUUCCUUCGGCUUGCUCGUUACCUUUACUCUUCGAGCAUGAAAGAAGAAGAAGAAGACCCUGCAGAUGAUCUGCCAAGACCAGACUUUGUCAUCGGCGGCGCACGCAGCUCCUACGAGGGAUACAGAUUUGGUUCCAAGUGGAAAGAUACAAUACGGAAAUUGGCCACUGAGAGGAAAGAUGGAGUGCUACCAUUCAGGGAUAUCCCUUUUCACUAUGCUGCGGCGGGGUGGCCGCCGAGUUAUGGGAAUACUAUAAGAGGGAAUCUGGAGGCUUGCCAUCUGCGGCGGUGUUUCGUUACAGAUACAGGAUAUUUCGGUCUUGCACCUGCGGAAGCAGAAAAUGGGGACCGGGUUUUCUUAUGCGUUGGGGCGUCGGUUCCGUUUGUUCUGAGGGAAACUCAGAGCAAUGGAGGUGAUGAGUUUGACUUGGUUGGGGAGAGCUAUCUGCAAGCUGGCGCGUGGUUUGAGAUGGUCAACAAUGACAGUCAACCUCAAGCUCUGUAUAUCAUAUAAUUCUAGUAACUUAGUAAGCUUUAUCUACUUAUCAAG